UCUGGAGCUCCUUUUCACACUGUUAAAAUCCACUCUGCAAUAAGUGAAUUAGCUUUACCUGUUAAAACAUCUUUUAUUACUGCAAUUUAAUAAUCGAUCCUUUUAAAUGGUACAUGGGAAUUUAAAGAAGCCUCAUUUGGAAAAUUUUCGAUCAAAAGGCGAAGAAAGGUACACAUAUAUCAAUGAAUUAGUCAGCUUAAUUUAAAUAAAGCGAGAAAAUCAUAUGUAAACGAAAACGAGAAAGAAUUAACAGGAUUUAAAUUGCAUGAAGUAAGUCACUGUAUGGGGUGGAUCAUAGCCGUGUCAUUUUAAGGGCUCUGAAGAGUUUUAGAUAGAUACCGAGGGAUAUUGAAGUGAUAGAGAGAGAUAUUUAAUUUUUGAUCAAUAUCGCGCUCCCUGGAGACCACUGAUUUUCGCCGCCAUCUUGAGGUCUGUUUCGUCUGGGCCUUAUAUAACAGAGAGACAGCCAUGUGUCGCUGGGGAUGUGCUCUGCCAAACACAACUUACAUGUGUAAGUGGUGCGGCACACGUUACUGCAAGGAAUGUCUGAAAGGAGACUUUACAGGGGAGAUGAAAGAAGCAAACAAAUGUCGCGUGUGUAACCAGACUCGAUGCCAAGGUCAGAGAGUGGAAUAUGUUCCCAGACCAAAGAGUGAAGGAGAUGAUAAAAAACGCAGCAAGUCAGCACCGCCCACUAGAGGGCGCACGGCAAAAAGUGCUAAAAGCAGCAAACCAAAGAGUGCCAAACCUGGGAAAAAGUCAGGGAAAAAGAAAAAGAAAAAGUAGAUUAAGUGUUCAAUAUGUACUAUUGUGACCGAGAUAUUCAAUCCAAAUUUGCAAUUUUUAGGUUUAACAGGGCCCAAUACUCUAACAACUUUGAGUGAUGUUCCAUCACAGCAAUAAUGACUUGCUCAGGCAAUUUUGGCAAUAAGGGCACCAGAGUUUAUGGUCAUUAACUUGAUUGCAUAUUUAUAUUUAGCAAUAUCAAUUCAUUUACAAUAUAUAGUUAUUCUUUGUAUAUAUAUUUUUUGUUACUAAUAAACAUUUAAUGUUGAA